AAUUUUUCAUUCGAUGAACCAUAAGAAGAAAUGUUUUCCACCUAAAUGAAGCAACUGAAGUUGACAUGUUAGCCGUCCAAAUGUACUUCAAACAAUGAAACGAGGGUCUAGGUCGACGUCUGAACUUUGAGUACUGUACCCGACAUUCCCACCCCAAACCCGUCUCGAAUUGACGGAUCAACAAAAUCCAUUAAUCAAAUUUCGCCUUUGCCAGAUUGUAAAACACGGGCACAAUGCCGAUAGCAGAGCCGAUGAACGGCGACGGCAGCACAAGAAUCGGAGUCAACGACAUUGAAGACGCCAUCGGUGUAGUGGAAAUGGUGGGACCGUCUUCGAUCACAGCCGUUGAUUCUUCCUCUACAGCUGAAUCUUCAAUUUCCAUUUGUGAUGAUGAUCAAAUUGCUCCUCUGUUGACCCAAUCAGAGAGGCCUAAGAUCAACAUCUUCACCAUCUCUUAUCCUACUAGGCAAAAGCUCAAUAAGGAGGAAGUUAUAAAAGUAGUUGAACCAGACAAAUCGCCGUUUCUGCAGUUUAUUGUCUGGCUGUGGAGUGGAUCGAGGUACUCCGGUCUGCUAUGCAUGGUCUUGUCAUCUAUAAUCUACUCAACAAUGGGAGUUGUUUCAGAUGUUUUUACUGCUCAAUCAGUACCUCUUUUUGAGAUAGCCUUUGCAAGAUGUACGGUAGUCCUAAUUCUUUCCUCUGUGUGGUUGAGGAGAAGUGGCCAACCAAUAUUUGGACCAACAAGUGCCAGGAAACUUUUGGUCUUAAGAGCUCUCACUGGAUACAUCUCAUUGAUGAGUUUCAUCUACAGCAUCCAGCGGCUACCUGUGUCUCAGGCUAUCAUAUUGAGCUUUACUGCUCCAAUUAUGGCUUCAACUGUGGCUAGAGUCACAUUGCAUGAGAAGUUAAAAAUUGCAGAAAUUGGAGGUUUAGCGAGCAGUUUCUUUGGUUUGCUGUUCAUUUUUCAGCCAAUGUUCAAACCACAAGGAGCUUUCCCAAGUUCUAUAGAAGCCAGUGAAUCUCAUUUCAAGGGUAGCCAUCACAUUUUUGCUGGUUUGGUUGGCUUAUUUUCAUCUGCUGCUACUGGAGUCACCUACUGCCUUACGAGAGCAGGAGCCAAGGCAGCAGAUCAACCAGUGCUUCCAGUUUUUUCAUUUGUCCUGUUUGCUAGUCCUGCUGCUGUGAUGUCUACAUUUGCCUUUGAAAAUUUUGUACUCCCUAGUUUCUAUUCUUUCCUUCUAAUGGCUGUACUUGGUGUACUAGCUUUCUUUGCAGAGAUAACUUUAGCACGUGGACUUCAGCUUGAGAAGACCAGCAGAGUUGCCAAUAUCCAGUUUAUUGAGGCUGCGCUUUCACAAUUUCUUGGAAUGGGCUCAUCAAGAAUCAUUCCAUCUUUUGGCAGAUUAUUUGGAUGUAUAAUAAUCUUAAUUUCAGCAUGUUGUACCAUGUAUAUUGGACCCGAGAAAGAGAUUGAAUGACAAAGUCAGGACCAUUCUUUUUCA